CAGCUUCGAUGGCGGUCAUGUCGCCGCAGCCAUCCGGGGGCCCUUUCCUGUCCCCCACUCGCGGCGACGCCCUCAAGAAGCGUCCGAUGUCGUCGCCAUCAGCUGCGGGUGACAAGCCCCCUAAGACCCCGGGAAGCUCCACCGUUGGCCGUAAGCGUAAGAGUCCCAGCACACAGCCAAGCAGCAAUGCUACGACACCCGCCUCCAACAAGAAGAGGACGCGGCUGUCUAUUGGCACGCCCGGCAAAGUGACGCCAUUGGCCGACGUCCGUGAGCGAGAAGUCCAGCGAACCUUCACGGAGCAUGAGGUAUCUGAAGUAUACAAGGCAAUCCGUAAGCAGACGGGAAGUCUUGGUGGCAACGCAGCCGGUGGAGCCAUCUACGGAGAGAUCACUCAAGCGUCGUUCCAAAGAGUAGUUGACUAUAUGAAGGAGAAGUGCGAACUCUCCAAGAGCAGCCGCUUCAUCGAUGUGGGAUCAGGACUGGGCAAGCCCAAUUUCCACGUAGCUGUGGACCCUGGCGUACAGGUCUCGUACGGCAUCGAACUUGAGGAACUUCGUUGGCAUCUGUCACUGCACAACCUACGCAGCGUCUUGUCACUGGACUCGCAACGCAAGAAACCUCUAGCGACGGUAUUCACAGCGGGAGAUAUCACACACGCGCACUCGUUCGAACCCUUCUCCCACGUGUAUAGUUUCGAUGUGGGAUUCCCGCCGGACGUGAUGGACAAGAUGGCCGAUAUGUUCAACCGCAGUUCAGCCAAGUACUUUGCCAGUUUCCAUGCACCACGUAAAGUCGUGGACAUGUACGGGUUUUCUGUAGAGAAUGUCGGACGAGUGGCGACGUCCAUGGCAGGUUCAAGUGAGGGACACCAGUGCUACUUCUAUCGACGUGUAGCGUCCACUGAUGAGGAGAAUGUCGCCUCCCAAUAA